GGUGCGCUUGGCGUGUAUUUGACAGGGAGCACGAGGAGGAGUCGAUACGUCCGCCAUAGAAAGCAGUUCCUCGUCGCUUUAGAGGAGAAUGCAGACUAAAACAGCUGCUCGUGUUUUAACGUGGAGCAGGUUAACGCGGCUGACGUGGAGGGUCCGCUCUGAUUUGGCUGCAGCGCGUCAGGAGAAAAACACAUCUGUGAAUCUAAAUGAGAUGAAAUGUUGUACGUGUUUGUUCUCAUCAUCGGUUCGCAGCUCUCAGGACAUUAGUCUCCUCGAUGCCAGAAUAACCGGUGUGGCCACUGCAUGACUAAUGGAGCAAGGUGUGUCCUGUCCCCACCUUCUGUCUGAAUAGCAGUGAUUCUUGGGACGGUUUUACCAGAAGCACGUCCAACUCUGGACUGAGGACAACAUAUCAUUUGGAGAUCGAUUCUACCCGGACCUACUCUCUGCAGAAUUGGGUCAACUUUACUAAAACAACUGAGCUCAAAAACAGAAAACCAUGAGGUGCAGGAACAUUCCCCGGGUCACCGCGCACGACUGGAGCCGUUCUUCGAUUUUAUCAUCUCAGUUUGUGACACUAGACUGAACAGGGACAACGACACCCUGAAAGAGCUGCUGAGAGUGAACGUGGAGAGGCCUGUCAAGAUGCUGCUGUACAACAGCAGGACGCAAACUGUCCGGGAGACGACCAUCACGCCCAGCAACACGUGGGGCGGCCAAGGCCUUCUGGGGCUCAGCAUUCGCUUCUGCAGCUUUGAAAGAGCCAAUCAAAACGUUUGGCACGUCUUGGAGGUGGAGCCAAACUCUCCUGCAGGCCUGGCUGAUUUGAGGCCUUAUGUUGACUACAUAAUCGGAGCGGACACGGCUAUGCGUGAGAGCGAAGAUCUGUUCUCUCUCGUCGAAGCGCACGAAGGGAAGGAGCUGAAGCUCUACGUUUACAACACAGACGCAGACAACUGCCGCGAGGUGAUCAUCACCCCGAACUCCGACUGGGGCGGAGAUGGCAGUCUCGGAUGCAAGAUCGGGUUUGGUUACCUGCACAGGAUACCUACGCUUAAGGAGGAAAAGAACUCCCGUUCCUCUUCACAGAAUCAUAAGGCAUCUCGUAUACCCAAAGACGGCUACACAGAGGUCCAACUCUCUGCUGUCAUUCCAACCGUUCCAGUUGUCGUUUCGUCUUCUGCUCCAACUGGAUUAGAGCAACCUCUCAGCAGCUUAUCAGUCAGCUCUGAGCCAACGGCUGUCCUCGUUAACACGCCGACAGGAAUUCCCGUCAUCCCAUCGCCCAACCAUGCAAUUCCCCAGCAAACAUUCCCUCUGCCGGUAAAUGGUGCUGUAACACAACCAGGCUCGAUUCCCCUUCCUGGAGCUAUUCCAGCCUUUCCUAAUUUACCAAACCUAAACGCAACUUUUCCAGAAGUGGGUCAUGUUCUGCCGCCUGGAGUUGGGAUACAGCAUGACGGUCUUCCUUCUCUCAACCUUCCAGCUGCAGUUUCCAGUGUUACUCCCGAAUUCAUUUGUCCACCUGUUGCUGUUAAUUCACACACCGCCAUCUAUCCCUCUUCCUCCAUCCGUAUGAACAGUUCACUGACCAAAGCCCCCAACCAUUCAUCAGUGACCAACUCUGGAGCAAUUAAUUUCACUGUAACUGUGGACUCAUCUUAGCACGAGGGAACUCGUGAAGACGACACCUCGCCCUCAAGUCCUUCCACAGUAUAAGCAGUCAGUCGCUGACAAAUUGGUCGUUUAAACCAUGUUUGCGUUUGAGCUCCUGGAGGACGCUGAAGAUACACGUGAGGAAUUUCAGCUGAAUUUAGACAUAACUCAAGGCUGUUGCUAUUCAUUUUCACUUGUCCUCGGAAGCCGAUCAUAAAAUGUGGAAAACUCGAAUCCGGUUGUCAGCAUCAUUUCAUUUUAGUGGUUAGAUUACUGAAAAGUAUCAGGAGAAAGAUUAAAAAAGCUUAAGACGUUGAGCUGCUGAGGAUUUUUUUUUUCAGGUUUGUUUGCGCUGUUGUAAAAUCAUCUUUGAUUGCAAAAAAAAACAACAAAAAAACCCAGUAAAGUUUGAUAUAAUCUUGA